AUGGCCUCCCGCAUUCCGAUCCGCCGCCCGCGCACAGCUGGUGCCGAGAACGAAACUCGGUCCACCCACCAGGCUAUCCAGCGAGGCAAAGCGGCCGUCUCCCGCCAAACCCUCUCCAAACCGCCAUCGGAGAAGCCUGUUUUGGUGGCAUCGACCAAGUCCCAUGCCACCACCUCUAUUUCCGCCGUCGAAGUGCCUGGCAGUGCCAAGCGCAAGCGCGAAGCUCUCAGAGAGGUCACAGACCGCAACCGGUCCCGCGCCCUCUCCAUUACGGGCAAAGCGAAAGCUGGCCCCUCAGACGGGCGCAAAAUCAUUGCCCUCCCGAAAAAAAGUGCCGCAGCCACUCGGGUGACGAAGGAAAAUGCGCGACCCGUGGCUGGUCGGUCGCUGACCGCCGUGCAAGAGGCGAUUGAUGUUGACGAAGACGAUGGCCCGAGCGCGAAACGUCAACGCACUUCGUCUGUUGGACCCGAGGAAGAAGCGUUCGUUGCAGCGGAGCUUGGUUCGGCCUCUGAUGAUGAGGAGGAGGCUGACCCUGACGGUGACGAUUGGGAGGAUCUUGAUGCCGCCGACCAUGAUGACCCCAGCAUGGCCAGCGAGUAUGUGGUCGAGAUUCAAGAAUAUGUUCGGCAAACUGAGUUGAAAACCAUGCCGAACCCGAAGUACAUUCUCAGCCAACCUGAGAUUACCUGGGCAAUGCGUGCGCUUCUUAACGAGUGGCUCAUCCAAGUCCACCUGCGUUUCUCACUUCUCCCCGAAACACUUUUCCUCUGCGCCAACCUCAUCGACCGCUUCCUCAGCACCCGUACCGCCUCGACUAACAAACUCCAACUGGUCGGCAUGGCUUGUCUUCUUAUUGCCGCAAAAUACGAAGAGACUAUCGCACCAGCCGUCGAAAAUUAUGUCAUCAUCUCUGAAGGCGCAACCACGGCUCAAGAAAUGUUAACCGCCGAGCAGCAUAUCCUCCGUUCAAUCAACUGGGACAUGAGCUACACCGGACCGAUGCAUUUCCUCCGCCGAAUCAGCAAAGCCGACAAUUACGCCCCUCACACACGUACGCUGGGAAAAUACCUUGCAGAGAUCUAUUUGCUUGAUCAUCGACUGCUUGGUGUCCCACCCUCAAUGAUUUCGGCGGCAGCUAUGUGGCUUGCCCGUCUGGCAUUGGGAGAGACGACCUGGACGCCCACACUGGCCCAUUAUGCGGGUUAUCGCGAAAGCGCGUUGAUUCCGGUGGCUAACGUCAUGCUACGCUAUUUACUGCAACCCAUAAAACACGAAUCUUUCUACAAAAAAUAUGCCGGCAAGCGCAACCUAAAGGUUAGCGUCUAUAUGCGCCAGUGGGUGCUUGCGCGUUGGCCCGAAAGUGCCAAAGUCGAUCUGGCGCUCGAUCUUGCUGCUUUGAAGCACGAUAAUCGGUUGAAGCGGUCCGCGCAACUCGGGCCGGAAGACGACGGCGACCAGACGAUCUAG